UCGUUCGCCAGCAAAGUAGAACGCGACCAGUCUUCGUUCAAACGCUAACCGUAGUGGUUUGUAAGUUCGCUUGCUAAAAUCGAAACGAAAGAGUUCUUAGUACUGAGUGGCAUUUUUAACGUGCGAUCGGAAGUCGUCUCCCAGUCGCUGAAGUUAAUGUUUACGUUGUAUGUGUUUAUGAGCGCACGUUCAAGGUGAAGGAUCAAAUCAAAAUAAACAAAUGUGCUAUAGUGAGAAUCUAAUAAAAAUCAAUUUGAAUUAUUGAUUGUUUUGAUUUGGAAACGAAAGUGUGUGUGUGUCUGGAAGAAGGAAGUACGCGCUUUGAACAUCUGUUGAAGGGCCUACAAUUUGCAAGUUUUGAGGCGUUUUGAUGUUCGCAGUGAAGAUUUCGCAUUUUGUGUGAAAAUAAUUUGAAAUUCAUUGUGCUUAUAGACACUGAGAGUGACGGAUCUUACGUUGUGAAGGGUGAGUGAAAAGCUGGCUUCUUAAGAAAGCAUUUGUGAAUACUCAAUACUAAACAUGAACUGGCUGCAACUCGUAACGAUAGCAGCCUUUUUGGCUGUUGGUAGCGUAAAUGCGUUAUCUCUGGAUCCAGUGGCUUCCACUGAGCUGGAGCAGUAUAUAAAAAAGGGUGACUGUGUGAUAUCAAUGCGUCACAUACGUCCACGUCGCAAACUACACAUAUCAAUCGAAGCUCUUUUCAUGAUCGAUUUCCCCACCCUGAAGCAUAAAUUAUCCUUUUUCCUCGAUCGCAUGCAUCAACGCGUCACCUUGGAUGUAACGGCGAAUGGUGUCACCGAAUCGAAACACUUUGAAUUGCCCAACACCAAUGAAACCAGCACAAUUCGAUCAUUGGCCUUGCAUUUCCAUAAGAAUCGCAUAGUCAUGCUGGUGGACUGCAGGGAGAGUUCGGCGCAUGAGUUAGACAUCAGUCUGGCAGAGCUCUAUGCACAGAUGGAUACAGAUCCGGUUAUAAAGCUGUUUCGGGAGCGCAAGUAUCCUUUGUAUUUUGAUGGGCAGCUGGAGCCGGCGCUGCAACGCACCAAUUGCCAAAAGGGCGUGCACAAGCGUAAUAAAGUUCAUAUGAUGCGAACGCAAGUGGCGGAACGUGAGAAGAAUAAGAAACGCGAUGUACGCAAUUGGUUCAACGCCGAUUCCAGCGAUAAACAUCACGAAGAGGAACGCAUUCCAAUUGAGGUUGAGCAGCGUGGCGACAUUCCUGUGUUGCAUGGCGAUUGUGAAGACGCCCUCGCAAAAUCGCUGAGCGACCUAAUGGAAUUGGUGAAACUUUUGCGAGAAGAUAUUGCCAACCAGCGCCAGGAGAUUGCCUACCUACGUCGAUUACUCGAGAAUUGUGCCGGUUGCAAGCAGCCGAGUAACAUCAGCAAUUUGCGCAUUGAACCAACAUGCCGCACCGCCAAUCCCUGCUAUCCAGGUGUUGAGUGCCGUGAAAUGCCCACCGGCCUUAGAUGUGGUCGCUGCCCGAUGGGUCUCGUAGGCGAUGGCAAGAUCUGUAAGCCGGGCCUCACUUGUGCUGAUCGACCUUGUUUCAUUGGCGUACAGUGUCGUGACACGCUAAAUGGUGCCCAGUGCGAUUCUUGCCCAAUUGGAUACGAUGGUGAUGGCCGUUCGUGCACAAUACGUUCAGCCAAUCUCAUAGUGCCCUCCCACAACGUUCAACACUACCAACGCCAAUACACCGCACGCAAAUACUCUGUAAUUAGCUCCUGAAGGCAAUCGAACGAAAACUAUAUGAAGUCAGCACAAAGCAGCUCACGCAUACAUACAUAUGCGUAAACGUGUGUAUGUGUGUGUAUUAAUUUUAGUCAAUUAUGAUUAAUAAUUGCAAUAUCACUUGCCUUAACCUAAAUAUUUAUACUUUUGUUCAAGUAUUAUUAAAUCCAAAAAGCGUAAAAUGUUAAUGCAAUAUUUUCUUUGUACAAUUUUAAAAAACCUCUAACCAGUUAACUAAAUUACGACACUGUAAACUAAAAAUAAAUGCGAAUAAAGUUGAGUUAAAUAACUUAAAAAAAUAUUAAAAUUAAA